UUUUUUUUUUAAUGCUGUUUUGCCAAUGACUUUUGUUUAUGUUCAAUGCUCAUUCUGGUCAACAUUCAACACGAAUGUGUGGAGUGUUUAUCACAAUGUCUAAGUGUGUGCUCUGACUUUUUCAAGGAAUACAUCUGUCCUCGCUGUGACUCGGGCUUCAUCGAGGAAGUGACGGAAGAUUCCAGCCUCCUAGAGGGCGGCGCCAAUGGACUAGAUGACACAACCACUCAGUUUGCAGAGCUCUGGCACCUGCUGUUAAUGGAGCGGCCAUUUUCCAUCGACGGCGACAACCCCGACUCGGAACCCCGGCUCCCCGGCGGGCGCCUGGGUGGGCUCAGCGACUUUGGGGGUUUCGGAAGCGGGCCCAUUGGGGGCUCUGUCCCCGCCGGCCUCGGGGGGCCCUUGGCGGGUUCGCUGAGUGCCGGCGACCACUGGGGCCCGGCGCGCCCCCCGCGCCUACACACCCAGAGGAGGUACAGGUCCAGAGUCAGCAGCAGGCCCGACCGCUCGCCCGCUGUCGAAGGGAUCGUACAACAGUUCCUUGCCGGCCUCUUUGCCAACUCUGGAGUCUCCGGCUCGCCGCCGCUGUCGUGGACAGGGAUGCUGCAUUCUAAUCCAGGAGACUACGCUUGGGGACAGGGUGGCCUGGAUGCUGUCAUAACACAAUUACUAGGCCAGCUGGAGAACACAGGGCCUCCUCCAGCAGAGAAAGAGAGGAUCUCUUCUUUACCCUUUGUGAAUAUUUCUCAGGAACAAGCAGACUGUUGUAUGGAAUGUCCAGUGUGCAAAGAAGACUUUGAAGUGGGCGAGGCCGUCAGACAGCUCCCCUGUAACCACUUCUUCCAUUCGGCCUGUAUAGUACCGUGGCUGGAGAUGCACGACACGUGUCCCGUUUGUCGGAAGAGUUUGAACGGCGAAGACAGCAGCACCCAGCCUCCAUCAGAGUCCCCCACCCUCUCCAUGGACCCCCGCACACAGGAGAGAUGGUCCUUCUGAAGACGGACGGUGGGGAAAAAAAAAAAAAAACAUGCCGAGAAGACGGUUCUCGCGCCCCCCUCGCCUCUGUUGCCGUCACUUUUUUGUACUAUUCUGUUCAAUGUCUUUUUUCUCCUGAACCAUGUACACGCCCAUCACAUCUUGUUUGUUUUUACGAAUUCUGUGACAUGCUUUAGUUAAAAGUCCAGGAUACGGUUUUGGAGGGGGUCUGUUCUGUUUCAUGCAACUGAGUCACCUCUCACCCUAUACAUGAUUGUAUACAAGCAAUUAGCUCGUUCAUUUCCAUAACAUGUCCCCUUUAAGGUCUCGUUUCCACUCCAGGUGAGGCCAAUUCAUGUUUACCCCUCAAGCCACUUCCCCUUUUAAACACUAUUUUGGGCAAAUGUCAAGCUUUUGUAUCUCCCAAGUCGCCACAUUGCUGUAAACAUUCAUAAACUAUUUAUUAUUUGACGUUCCACGAGCAUAUUUCUUUGGCUUAACAUUUGUUUUAAGCAUUCCUAAAAGGGAAAUGACGUCUUAAAACCUUCACGCCAAUGAAAUGACUCAUAAUCAUCAGCGCUCGCCCCACUUUUUCAAUUCCACCUACUUCUGCUGGUGUACAUAUUAUAAUCUGAUGUCAUCCCUUUCAUUUUAGUCCUCUCUGCAAGACCACAUUUUUACCACUUUUUUUUUUUAAAUGUAAAUAAUUGUAGUCCAAAGUUAAAAGGUUUGCUAAGAAAAACAUCAAGAAUGGAGACACAAAUGUGAAUGACAUACAUGGUUAACAAACUGUAUAUUAUAUAAAUGAAAUAUGUCUAUGAUGUAUUAAUAAAGUGAAAAAAUGGG